AUGAGCUUAUAUCAGCGGUCAGACGAUGGUUCCGAUAUACCAUCUCCGCUGCCACAAGCGGUUGGUUAUGGUGUUGUCGUCGGUGUCGGCCUCGCCUUUGCCUUUGGCAAGUCAUUAGUGACCUGCCGAUAUCGCAGCAUGAUCGGGGUGACAAAUAUCCUGAAGAAAACCGUCGGUGAAGAUAAUUCAAAGGUUGAGACCUUCAUGGUCGCGAACCGGAGGGUUCGGACUGGUCUUGUCGCUUCCGCCGUGGUUUCAUCUUGGCUCUGGAGCACAGCUUUGCUCAGUUGCGUGCUGGUUACGUACAGCUACGGAAUCAGUGGUGCGUUUUGGUACGCAGCUGGCUGCUCGCCCAUGAUUGUCUGCUUCGCGUACCUCGGCGUCAUAUGCAAGAGACGUAUUCCAGAGGCCCAUACCAUCUUGGAAAUAAUCCGUAUUCGAUAUGGGCGUCUUGCGCACUUGUCUUUCGCCUUCUUGGCUCUGAUCAACAACCUCUUCGGCACGAUAAACAUGAUCCUCGGCGCAUCUUCAGCAAUCUCAUUUCUGACCGGGAUACAUAUUAUGGCCUCGACCUUUCUCAUCCCUCUCGGCGUCGUAUUAUACACGCUAGUUGGCGGCAUCAAAGCCACGCAAGUUCCCGCAACAGUAAUCCCAAUUCCCCGAAGUUUUCUCACCGACUAUAUACACACUUUUGUCAUCCUCAUAUUGUGCUGUUACCUGACCGCCAAGACUCUCGCAGCGGACCAGGUUGGGUCGAUUGGAAAGCUUUACGACCUAGUCGUUGCAGCUCAGGAGCAGCACAACAUCGAAGGCAAUUAUCAGGGAUCCAUUCUCACCAUGACCUCGCAGCAAGGCAUUUUCUUUGCCAUAAUACUGCUCGUCUCCAACUUCGGUGCCGUCAUUAUGGACACUGGUUACUUCAUCAAGGCAUUUGCGGCAUCGCCAAGUGCCGUUGUGCCGGGAUACGUUGUUGGAGGCGUUGCCUACUUCAGCGUUCCCUGGGCCCUUGGUACGAUCAUGGGAAUGGCAGCGCUGGGGCUUGAGACUUUGCCAAUAUUCCCCACAUAUCCACGGGUCAUGACAGGUACCGAGGUCACCAACGGACUGGCUUUACCGUAUGCUGCCGUUGCUGUGGCGGGAAAAGGAGGCGCGGUUGCAGUCCUGCUGAUGACUUUCAUGGCCGUCACGUCCACGUUAUCGGCUCAGAUCAUUGCAGUGUCGUCGAUUUUAACUUUUGACGUCUACCGAACGUAUUUCAACAAAAAUGCUGGCAACAAGGAGGUGAUCCGCUGGAGUCAUAUCGGCGUCGUCUUCUUCGGCGUUGUUGCGGCAGGGUUCACUGCAAUGUUCCACUACAUCGGAAUCGACAUGGGCUGGACCCUGUAUAUGAUCGGAGUUGUUACAUGUCCUGGGAUUUUCCCCGUCAUCUUCACCUUUCUCUCGAGCAAACAAAGCGGAAUUGCGGCCAUCAGCUCGGCUUUUCUUGGCAUGGCGACGGGCCUUGCAGUCUGGCUCGGCACUGCGCACUCCUUCUACGGCGAAGUAACAGUCUCCUCCACCGGCCAGACGUUGCCAUGCAUGUACGGCACGGUAGCUUCAGCGCUCAGCCCGCUGCUCUACACCGUCGUCAUCUCGUCGAUCCGGCCCGCAAACUAUGACUGGAGUGACUUCACGAAAGAGAAACUGGCCAUGGACUCCGGGGAUGAGAACGAGCAGCAGCAGAAAGUCGAGGCAUCCGACAAAACGGAAAGCAGCACCGCUGUUACCGAGGUUACGAGCGACGACACGCAGAUCCGGUGGACCAGAUAUGCUUUGUUUUGGGCGAUUGCCACGUUCCUCGGUCACUGGGUCCUUUGGCCGCUGCCCAUGUACGCGGCGAAGUUUGUUUUUAGCAAGGCGUUCUUCACAGCCUGGGUUGCAGUCUCCCUUAUCUGGCUCUGGUUAACGCUGUUUGCUGUCGGGUUUUAUCCUAUCUGGGACAGUCGCCACCAGAUUGUGGCAGUUUUCCGUAAUCUCUGGACCCGACGGCGUGCUUGA